AUGGCUUCUGCACCUGUUGCUGACCAGACUGCUCCGGCUGGACCGGCCACGGCUGCCGAGUUCGAGGCAUUCGACAGUUUUCCCUGGUCAAAGCAUCAGGUCUUUUUGCUUGGCCUCAUUGAAACCCUCGGCGGCCCCGCCGCCCUCCGCCCCAAUCCGACACACGAGGGCAGCGCCGCCUUCUGCCGCACCGUCUUCUUCCGCCGCCAGACUGGACGCCGCGUCGACUUCUCCCGCUAUAAUAGCUUCCGUGCCGACCAUCCAGAGUACCCAUCAAUCGACAGGCGGUUGCUGAGUGCGCUGUAUGCGGCGUCUGCCAGCAUUGAGGGCGAGCUGGGGCUGGGCGACUUGUCCCUAGGCGGUAGCUCGAAGACGUCGUCAACGUCGGGGCAAGAAAGUCUAACGUCGCCCAAUCCGCUGGCCUCGCCCAGCACGAACCGCAACAGGCGUCUUGCCGAGGCCGUGGCUGCCGGGCCCGUGAUCAACCCUUUUGACGGGACACCAACACCACCGGUCGACGAGGAGACCAGCAAUGGCAGUGGUGUGGACAUUCCCUCGUGGCAGCGGAGUGCACCACGUAACACGCUCAAGGUCGAUCGUGUGGCGACACCAACAGGGACGGGCGGGGGCGGUGCAGGUGCCGGCGAGGCGCCGUACUCGGACAAGUUCGCCAAGGUCGUGGAGGCCAUUCAGACCGGCAAGGAGCUUGAAGGCAUCAAGCAGAUCCCCGACACGAUUAUACGGCAACCAGGCAUCUCGCCGAUGGGCAAACUGAAGGCACCACGUAAGCCGUGGGAAACUGCCGCUUCGGCAUCACCCCUGGCAUCCGGCCUCUCGUUCAUUGAUGGCGCUCUGACACCUUCGGACGGGGAGCAGGGACAGCAGGAACAAAAACUGGGAUUGGGAGGGGGCCAGCCUUUGGUAGACUUGGAGUUCCCUGAGCCACCUCCGUCACCACCUGCAGAAGGGGAGAUACCGACAGAAGCAGACGGUGGGAGCAACCCGGUGGCUAACUAA